AAUGGCAGUUGGAAAGAAUAAGAAGAUGGGCAAAAAGGGAGCUAAGAAGAAGGCUGUAGAUCCUUUCACACGCAAAGAUUGGUAUGACAUCAAGGCUCCUGCUAUGUUUGCAAAUCGUUAUGUUGGAAAGACUCUGGUUAAUAAGACUGUUGGAACAAAAAUUUCGAGCGAAUUCCUCAAGGGCCGCGUUUAUGAAGUUUCUCUUGGUGAUUUGAACAACACCGAAGCUGACUUUCGCAAAUUUCGACUUAUUUGUGAAGAGGUUCAAGGCAAAGUUUGUUUGACCAAUUUCCAUGGAAUGACUUUUACUCGAGACAAGCUUUGUUCUAUUGUCAAAAAGUGGCAUACUUUGAUUGAAGCAAAUGUUGCUGUCAAAACAACUGAUGGUUAUCUGCUUCGAUUGUUCUGUAUUGGCUUCACAAAGAAAGCUCCGAAUCAAGUGAAGAAGACUAGCUAUGCUAAAUCGUCUCAAGUGCGUCAAAUUCGUGCUAGGAUGGUUGAGAUUAUUCAUCGCGAGGUUUCUUCAUGCGAUCUUAAAGAAGUUGUUAGCAAAUUAAUUCCUGAUUCUAUUGGAAAAGACAUUGAAAAGUCUUGUUCUUAUUUCUAUCCACUUCAAGACGUUUAUAUUCGAAAAGUAAAAAUUUUGAAAAAACCAAAAUUUGAACUUGGAAAACUUUUGGAUAUGCAUGGAGAGGGUGCUGGUGGUGGUGGUCAAGUUGCUAUAACUACGGCAAGUGGUGAAGUUAUUGAAAGUCGUCCAGAUGCUUAUGAACCUCCAGUUCAGGAAAGUGUUUAAGAAGACAAGGAAGAGAGGUUUAAAUUUAAAUUAAAAAAUGUUUUGAAAAGAAAUAAGGUUCGAGAAAUUGUUAAAAAAACUUGUUUUUCUGUUAUGUCGUUUUGUUAAAAAUGUUUUAAAAAUGUCUUUUUUGUGAAGGUGGAUGGGAGUCUAGUUUUGGUUUUUCUAAUAGAACCACAUGUGCUUCUAUUUUUCAAUCUUCUCGUAGGGUCUGCUUUGAGAAAAAAUAUUUUUUAUAUUUUCACUAAAAAUUUGUUUAUCCGUUUUAGAGUCAUUAACAUGAAGAAAAAAAAAAGAACAAAUACGCUCAAAAAUUAUCUUUUUUUCUUUGGAUUUUUUCAGGCUGCUUCCUCUUGUUACUUUACCGGUUCCAAACCCAGAACAGUAGAACUCUUUUUUUUUAAUUUUUUUGGGACAGGGUAGAGACUUUAUCUUAAUUAUAGUUGCCAGUUUCGAAUCGGGCUGACGGUUGAGGCAUUCUUUUCGAGAUUGUUU